AUGGAGACUUUGAACGGCACCAGCCUCGGCGAGCCUCUCAAGCCGCCGCCGCCGCCCGCUCCGCCGCCGCAGAGUCCCCACCACUCCUGCGCCGAGAAGAAGAGGCUCCACCGAGCCCCUUCCCCCGCCAGACCUUUCCUCAAGGACCUCCACGCCCGGGCGUCUUCCGCCAAGCCCCCGCCGGUGCCUCCCAAAUCUCCCAGCCUGUCGGGCAAGGCGCAGCCCCAGCAAGGGGGAGCCCGUCCGCAGUCGCCCGGGCUCUUGGCCACGCAGAGCCGCCUCUCCCGGCGCAGCUGCGCCCAGGGCGCGAAGGCGGCGGCUGGUCUCGGGGCCGGCGCGCCGGGCAAAGCCGGCAGCGCCAAGUCCGCCCUCUCGAGCAAGAAGGCAGCCCGGGCCCAGGACCAGGCAGGCGGCAAGGCCAGCGGGAGGCACCCCGGGGGCGAGGCAGCCCACCCGCCUGGCAAAAGCAGGAAGGCAAAGCGAGGCGCUCCCUUGGUUCCGCCGGGCUCCUUGGCCCCGGCCGCCGGGCUGGGCAGUGGCCCCGCCGUCAGGAUCAGCCACACGGACAGCAGCUCCGACCUGUCCGACUGCCCCUCCGAGCCGCUCUCCGACGAGCAGAGAUUGGCCCAGGCCGCCAGCAGCGAUGCGGAGUCUGGCACCGGCUCCAGCGACCGGGAACGCGAAGUGCCGCCGCCGCCGCCGCCACCACCACCUCUUCCCCCGGGGCCGGGCGGCUCUCCGCAGCAUUCCCUGCCCUCCUCGGACGUUCCGAGCAAAGGGCCGGCGGCGCCACCUGCCUCCCCAGGAGCCAAAGGGGAGGCGCAGGGCGAGGAGGCGAGCUGGGCGAGAGCUCUGGAGAAAGCGCCCUCCAAAAGCGCCCAGCCUGCAGGGAGCGGGAGGCUGGGCGGCAAAGCCCCGCUGGUGGUUCCCCCCUGCGAGAGGCAGCUGGUGGCAGACGAGGAGGAGCUGCUGAGGGAAAUAGAAGAGCUGCGCUCAGAGAACGAUUACCUCAAGGUAAAUGGAGGGAAGCGGGAGGGAAGGAUAGCGAGAACACUGGGCCUGAGGCGACAGCUGGUGGUCCGGGGCGGCUGCGCUGAGGGAAAAGACCACUGGCUGAGCUACGGGCAACUGUCCCAAACCACGAGGCACCCGAGACACCGCCUGGAGCGCCUGGCAUUUGGUCUGUGGAGUGUGGGUGGGAAGCUGGAGUCGUUGAGCGGGGUGGGGGCACUUGUUGAGAGAGGGGGGGCACGGCUGGGAAUUUGCUUGCCACUUUGA